CUGUUGAUGACAGCGCAUGCGUCGAGCCUGCCGUACUGAAGACAUGGCGACCUCCCUGAUCUGCGGCCGUCUGUCGGCUAGCCUCCGAAACUCCGGGGCUCGGAGCGCCCUGAGCUCCGCUACAAAGAUUCUGGGCGGUUCGUCGGGGCUCCUGGCUCAGUGCUGCCCCCCUCAGCCUCCUCACUGUCAGCAGCAGCAGAGGGCGCUGUCUCUACACGAGUACAUGAGCAUCGGGCUGCUGAAGGAGGCUGGGAUCUCUGUCCCGGAGGGAAAAGUGGCGAGCUCCUCAGAGGAAGCCUACGCUGUCGCCAAGGAGAUGGGCACUAAGGACCUGGUGGUGAAGGCCCAGGUUUUGGCUGGAGGUCGAGGGAAAGGCACAUUUGAGGGAGGACUCAAAGGAGGAGUCAAGAUCGUGUACUCGCCAGAGGAGGCGCGGGACAUCUCCUCUCAGAUGAUUGGUCGAAAGCUGUACACGAAGCAGACCGGGGAGGCGGGGCGUAUCUGUAACCAGGUGUUCAUCUGUGAGCGACGCUACCCACGAAGAGAGUACUACUUCGCCAUCACCAUGGAGAGGUCCUUCCAGGGUCCUGUGUUGAUCGGCAGCUCUCAGGGCGGAGUGAACAUCGAAGACGUCGCAGCCGAAAACCCCGAUGCCAUCGUGAAAGAACCAAUCGACAUCGUGGAGGGAAUCAAGAUGGAGCAAGCCGUGCGGGUGGCACAGAAGAUGGGCUUCCCCAAGGCUCUGGUUAACGAAGCUGCAGAAAACAUGAUCAAACUGUACAACCUGUUCAUCAAAUACGACGCUUCCAUGGUGGAGAUCAACCCUAUGGUGGAGGACUCUUCUGGCAUCGUGAUGUGCAUGGACGCCAAGAUAAACUUUGACUCGAACGCGGCGUACCGUCAGGACAAAGUGUUUGCGAUGAGGGACUGGAGCCAGGAGGACCCCCGCGACCGACAGGCGGCCAAGGCAGACCUCAACUACAUCGGGCUGGACGGGACCAUCGGCUGCCUAGUGAAUGGGGCAGGUCUUGCUAUGGCGACUAUGGACAUUAUAAAGCUCCAUGGCGGAACCCCGGCCAACUUUCUGGACGUGGGGGGCGGAGCUACAGCACAUCAGGUGACCGAGGCAUUCAAACUCAUCACCUCCGACAGAAAGGUUCAGGCGAUUCUGGUGAAUAUUUUCGGAGGCAUCAUGAGGUGUGAUGUCAUCGCUCAGGGCAUCAUCAUGGCUGUGAGAGACCUGGACCUGAAGAUCCCCAUUGUAGUACGGUUACAAGGAACCCGAGUGGACGAUGCCAAAGCUCUGAUCGCUGCCAGUCCCCUGAAGAUCCUGGCCUGCGACGACCUCGACGAAGCUGCUAAAAUGGUUGUGAAACUUUCCGAAAUCGUAUCGUUGGCGAAGGAAGCUCAAGUCGACAUCACCUUCCAGCUGCCCAUUUAAAACCACUCCGCCGGUCUCCUCCGCCACUGUACCUGCCUCACCUGUCGCACCUGUCGCACCUGCCGCGCCUGCCCUGUCUCCCUGCCUACAGAACAGGGCCUAUGGACAGAAAAAACACGAGCCCGUCACAGCUUUACAGUAUCAGGUGGUAGAACCGUCUCCAAAUCACCGCAGAUGGUUGCAAAAAAUAUACCGGAGUUAAAAUGACUUGAAAUUUCAGCAGUACUUUAAAAAUAACUACAACUUAAUUAGCCAAAUUAAUUCAUAGUUUAUUAAAUGAUUCAGACUUCAGAUUUACUUAAGGCGUUAGGGUUGGGGUAUUACCACUUACUAAACCUGAAUCAUUCUUAAUAAGCUACAUUAAUACGUUAUGAUUUUUGUUCAUAAUUUAUUAAAGGUGCAUUGUGUAACUUUUCUGUUGGAGGAUCCAUCAAAUGAUUUUCUCCAUGGUGAUGUUAUUGCUUUGUCUAGAAUGUUUCACAAUAUGGUAUUAAACCUUUUUACCUUCAUCGAGAGCAAACCAGACCAAGUUACAGGUCAGAUCUGCGGAGAGGCGACCCCGCUCACAGUCAAAACGCCGUUUUUUCCCAAGUAUUUUUCAGUUAUAAAACCACCCGUGAUUGAAUAAAUGUAAAGUCGAGCUGUUUAAUGUCACACUGUGGAACAUUCAUCUUCACAGAGACGAGCAGGAGACAGACCCCCAACCAAAAAGUUACACAGUGCACCUUUAAGGCUAAUUAAAGUGUAGUUACAGUGUUACGGAAAUUUUUUAAUCUUGUUUUUGAGUAGUUUUAACACGUCAGAUUACUUCACUUAUGGACCUAAAUAAUCAUUAAACUUAUUUUUAGGCAUUUCAACUGUAGAUACUUUUCUUCAAAUAUUCACAAAUUUGGACCAGUGGAUUAAAAUUUCCAUCAAUGUGUUAUUUUCGAUUCAAAUGUGAACAAAAAUGUAUUGAAACUGUAAUUUUAAAACAUUUACUGGACUAUAGCCCUGAAAAUAAAUAAUUCAAAAUGUGUGAAAACGACUCAAAAAAACAAAUCUGAUACAUUCAAGUCAUUUUAAGUCAUCGCGUCGGUCCUUUUUUUUUUUACAGUGUAGCGUUUCUCCUUUGUCUUUCAACGUCUCAACUCAAAAGUAUUGAGUAAAACGCACAAUCUCUUUAUUUAAGUAACUCCUUUUUCACCAGUACACUCGUAACAAAAGCCCGUUUCAGUGAUUGUACUUCCAACAUAUAAACCCAUGUGUAUGUUAUUUUAAUGUCAUGUCAAUAAUAGGGAUUUAAAGAAUAAAAUGUUUAGCCAUUUUUGUCUUGGUCUACAAAGUUAAUUAUCGUCCAGAGUAAUACAGAUUUCCUUUUCAUGUUAUUGUAAUAAGUUGAAAUGACUUGAAUUCAGAAUAUUACACUUAAAGGUCCUAUAUUGCACUAAACUGACUUAAGCCAUGUUAUAAUGUUCAUCUCAUCAAAAACAUACUUGGAGUUGUUUUGUUUUAUUCACACAUUUUGGAGUUAUCCUGCUUUUAUCUUUGAAUAUUUUUGUUUUAAUGGGACAAUUUGGAAUUUUGGACAUAGGGCCUCAUUUCCUAGUGAGCCAAAAUGUUGGAGGCAUGUGGAAACACUUUUUAAAAUAUUCCAUCCAGUCCUUGUAUUUGCAGAGGUCGCUGGUGCUAGGCUAGUGCAUGUCAAUGGCCAUAGUUAGCCUGCCACUAAAAACAGUCUUACCCACUCCACAAAAUACCCGAAGCAAAUCUAUUAUUACACCAGACUGUCGAGAUAAAUGUCUGUGUCGAUAGAAUAAUGUUUGAAUAAAACUAACCUUGCAUCGCAUGAAUCGUUGCAUGUUGAGGGACUAUUUUCUCAUAUAUCAGUCCGCCGUUGCUAAGCUUUCUAUCAGGAAGUACCAGGGCUCGCUCAUAAGCCUCCAACCCCAUCAAAAAACGACUGCGCGCCCCACAAUCCAGAGCGCCCUGUACAUGAAUCCACUCGGGUGUCCUAACACGACUUCAGUAAACUACAAAGCCGCACCACCCGCAGUGCACGCAAACACACACGGAGAAGACAGCGACCGCGUGGCAACAAACACCCACAGCCGACGAGGAACAGAACGGAGGAACAAACCGAAAAAGCGAGUCCAAUGUGCCACAUCUAGACACAACUGAACAACUGAGUCACUGCGAACACGCUGACAAUCCAGCGGUCCCAGACAGCACCCUCCCUACACACCACAACUGAACAAAGCCCAGAGUCACUGUGAACGCACCAAACAAAGUCCCACUCACCCAUCCAACUGUUGUGUUUCCUUUAAAGUCCGGUGCGGUUUAUUUGUGAAAAUGUUCGAAAGUAGAACAUUCUAUGACAGUGCGUCUUAUAAUCCAGAACGCCCUAUAGUGUGGAAAAUACAGUACAACUCGCUGCUGCUGCUCAGACAUAAAUCCUUCAAAUGCAAGGUUAAUUUUCUUUCAAAAAUGAUUAUAUCAACACAUCGAAACUCUGGCAUAAUAAUAGAUUUUCUUCGGGUGUUUUGUGGAGUGGGUAAGACUGUUUUUUGUGUCAGGCUAACUAUGGCCAUUGACAUGCACUAGCCUAGCACCAGCGACCUCUGUGAAUACAAGGACUGGAUGGAAUAUUUAAAAAAGUGUCUCCACACGUCUUCAACACUCUGGCUCCUAUGUCCAAAAUUCCAAACUGUCCCUUUAACUUCUGUACAGUUGAGAAAGUCUCCAGAAUUUGCUUGUUUACCGAGGAGUGAAGCAGUUUCAGUGAGGGUAAAAAAAAAUAGCUGUAACUUCAAAUCCAGUGUGGAAAUUAUUAAAAUAAUUCUAGUGAAGGUGUAUGGAGUUUAAAAACACAGUGGAGCGCUUCCAGUAUUACCACUUAAUGAAUCACAAGGAGGAACGGAGUGUUUUCAGUUUGAGAGAAGCCUAAAUCUGCAGGUUUUUGUGUUAAACGUGUCUGAACCAACUCCAUGUAGGUUUGUGAUGAAGAAACAUUAUAAAUAGAUCAGAAAACUUGGAUGAUUUGACUAAGAUUGAAAAUUGUAUGCAAAAUUCUGUGCUUCUUGUAUAUUGCAUUAUCAAAAAUCAUAAAUUUCUUCCCCAACUGGCAGAAAAUUAAGCUUGAAAUGACAAAGACACAUUUUGGUUUUAGAAAAGUCUGAAUUCAUCAAAACUUCAAAGAUAAUAUUCUGAAUUCUUUUUAACCACACCUUCAAAAUCUCUCCUCUGUGAUGUAGUUUGUCCCAUUUAUUUUGCUUAAGAAGCGAGACUGGAGCAAGUUUAGCCAUAUGUUUUUUUGUCUUGCUUUUAUUUUGACAGGUUUUCUGACAUGAAUCUUGUUACUUCAAAUUGUCAAAAUAUUCGAAAUGUUUAUGGCUUACUUAACUUUGGCAGCUAAGGGUAAUGGUUUGUGGUUUGGAGCAGCAGACAAGUGACCAGGACUGGACUAAACUAGGUCUGGACUAGGACUUGACCAGGAUUUGGAUCAGGUCUCAACUGGAUCUUUAUUUCUUUCAGGGCAAAUGUGUGUUCUGCUGAAGUAACCAGGUCUAAAUCAGAUCCAGACCAGGUCUAAAUCAGGUCCUCAUAGAGUCUUCCCUCCUUUUGGUGCAAAUGUGUAUUCUGCAAAAUAAACCAGGACUAGAUCAGGUCUGGAAUAUGUCUGAACCGGGUCUGAACCAGGUCUAAACCAGGUCUGGAAUAGGUCUAAACUAGGUCUAAGCCAAGUCUAAACUAGGUCUAAGCCAAGUCUAAACUAGGUCUAAGCCAAGUCUAAACUAGGUCUAAGCCAAGUCUAAACUAGGUCUAAGCCAAGUCUAAACUAGGUCUAAGCCAAGUCUAAAGCAGGUCUAAGCCAAGUCUAAACCAGGACUAAAUUAGAACUAAGCCGGGUCUAAACUGGGUCUGGACUCUGACUGGAUCGGGACUAAAGCAGGUCUUCACUCCUCUCAGUUCUAUUGUGUAUUCUGUUGAAGAAACCAGGACUGGAUCAGGUCUAGAACAGGUCUAAAUCAGGUCUAAACCAGGUCUGAAAUAGGUCUAAACCGGGUGUUAAUCAGGUCUAAACCAAGUUUAAACCAGGUCUAAAUCAGAUCUAAACCAGGUCUAAGCCAAGUCUAAACUAGGUCUAAACCAAGUCUAAAGCAGCUCUAAACCAGGACUAAAACAGAACUAAGUCGGGUCUAAACCGGGUCUGGACUCUGACUGGAUCGGGACUAAAACAGAUCUUCACUUCUCUCAGUUCCACUGUGUAUUCUGUUGAAGAAACCAGGACUGGAUCAGGACUAGAACAGGUCUAAACUAGGUCUAAACUAGGUCUAAACCAUGUCUUUGCUCCUUUCACAGCAAAUGUGUUUCCCUAUGAAAAAACAAAACAGGUCUGGACCAGGGACUAGGACCAGGGACUAGGACCAGGGACUGGACUGGGGACUAGACCAAAACCAAACCAGAUCUUCUUUUCUCUCAGUGCAAAUAUGGGCCCAGGCAGAAUAUGACUAACCUGUCUGCUCCUCCAAACUUCAAAUCCUCUGCAAAUCCUCCUUUCCUCUCCUCUCCCAAACACAUCCGUUUAAAAACCUUAACUUCUAAAAGUGAAAAGUCGUAUUUCUAAAUUGCCUCCCGGCUACGUUUCCUUCGAUAACGAUCUGCAAGUUUUCAGACAGAUUAUUUUGUGCUUGUUAAGUCGUCACGCUCAAAAUUCAGAUAAAGUUUUCCUUCAAAUCCUCCAAAAACUGCCUCCUGGUUUAAAUCCUUAUUUUCCCCCCAUUUCGGAACAUUUGUGCAUUCAUAACUGAGCAAAUUUUACACAGACAAUAUUCGUAUCUGCCGAUUUCGCUCCAUAUAAAAACAACGAAUAUCUAAUUAAAAUGUUAAAAUGACUUGUAUUGAGAAUUUUAAUUGCAAAAUUUGACUUGGAGGGCCUGUUAUUUUGCCUAUUUCACCAUAUUGUGUAAUUAUAAUGAGCAAAUUCUCAGUCAAUGUCAUACAAAUUUUUUUAGUUUUAAGCAAAGUUUUCGGAAUCCAUUGACAGAAUUUCAACAAUAUUUUGAAAAAAGACUUGCUUGUCUCCAUGGUGAUAUUGUAGCCUGGAAUAUUCUAAACUUACCUCUAUUUAUUGCUACAAGGAGAUGGGAAAGUUUAACGCCAUUUUGUGGAACGUUCCAAAUCCUUGGAGACCAGCGGGCUGUGGACCUCUCGAAGUAAAGUUACGCAGUACGUCUUUAAAUCAAGAUUCCUACAAGUCAUUUUAAGUCACAGAGAUGCCCGUUUUGUAUUUCAAACAUGAUUGAAGACACUGGAAAUGCUUUUUAAUAUGUCAAAUGUGUAGAAUAGGUUGCGUUCACGUGAAAUCACAACGUCAACAUUGCACAGUCCCUUAAGUUUAAACAGAAGUCGGAAUUUGAAUGUUGGAAGUUGCUGUUUUAAUUGUCAGAUUUUAGAUUUGACCUUUAUUAUUAUAGUUCGUAUCUCUGUAGUACUGGACCUGUUGGCAAGAAAGAAAAACUGGCGCAAAGUUCAGCCUCUUCAUUUUUUCACAACAUCUUCAGCCAGUUUAAGUUUUAAGUUUGUGGAGCUACUUCCUAAAUAAAUAAUAAGCAGUGAAUCUUCCUUAGACUUCUACAGACCCCUGCCCUCCGUCUGAAGUCACGAUGUCAAAUUCUAGAGCAUGAACGCAACCUAUUAAUGGUAAAACUCCUUCUGUUUUGUGCCACUGCCGUAGACUCCCACACACACACACACUCACGCAUUACUGUAAGUGUUCUGGUUUCUUCCCUCUUAGUUUCAUGGCUGCACUCCUAAACAAAAGUGUGUGUGGUAAAGAUUCUGUAAAUAAAAUACAAAUGAAAGAAAUGGUGAUGGUGUACCAUAUUUAUACUCCGCUCUGGAGUUCAAUAAAGAUGAGAAAGAAAAAUG